UGCGCUGUCUUAUUUCUCCCUUUCCUCUGUCUUCAACAAUAGCCAGCUCUCUGUUUCACAAUUUUCCUCUCUGUACAUCUCUUACCAUUAUUCCCAUUUCUCUCUCUAAAAACUAUUCAAACAUUUCUCUCUCUGAAAGCCAUUCAACAUUUCUCUCUUCACAUCUCAGAUCUGAAUCAGAGUUUGAGAAAGAAAGACUUUUCGUGGGCAGAAUUAUCCGGUACUAGGUGAUUUCAUCCCAGUUUCCCUACCUUGGUAGGCAGAGUUACCCGUUAGCUGUGCUUGUAGAAGGCAGCAGACAACGUUUGAGGGGUGCGGAAUUUACAGAGUAUCGGGCUGCUAAGUAUACAAUAUCAGAAUGAAGAAAGCAUUUGAUCAAACUGUGCGGGACAUCAAGAGAGAGGUGAAUAAAAAGGUUCUUAAGGUCCCUUCAAUAGAACAAAAAGUUCUAGAUGCGACUAGCAAUGAGCCCUGGGGUCCUCAUGGAUCACUUCUUGCAGAUAUUGCUCAGGCUACACGGAACUAUCAUGAGUACCAAAUGAUUAUGUCUGUGAUCUGGAAGCGUAUCAAUGAUACUGGAAAAAAUUGGCGGCAUGUUUACAAGGGUUUAACUGUUUUGGAAUAUUUGGUAGCCCAUGGGUCUGAACGUGUCAUUGAUGACAUACGGGAACAUGCUUACCAAAUAUCUACACUGUCCGAUUUUCAAUAUAUCGACUCCAGUGGGAGAGAUCAAGGAAGCAAUGUCAGAAAGAAAUCUCAGAGCCUUGUGGUUCUUGUUAAUGACAAGGAGAGAAUUCAGGAAGUUCGCCAAAAGGCAGCUGCUAAUAGGGACAAAUUCCGCAACACGUCAACGGGUGGUAUGUAUCGCCCUGGUUCAUAUUCAGGUUCAGGAGGGUAUGGUGACAGAUUUGAUGAAGAUCGUUAUGGAGGCAGAGAUGAAGAAAGAAAUGGUUAUGGGAGGGAAAGGGAAUACUACAAAGAUGAUGACAAAUAUGGCAGAUAUGGAGACUCAAACAGCCGUGAUGGGGAUCGCUAUGGUAGAGAUUAUGAUGAGCGCAGCCGAGAUGGAUACAAGGAUGAUGAUUAUCGUGGAAGAAGUCGGAGCACAGAUGAUUUUAAUUAUGGAUCAAGAAGUAGAAGUUCUGACAGGUACAGGGAUCGUGGCAAUGAUGACGAUGGUCAAUAUUCUUCUAGGCCGCUUGAAAGGAGGUUUUCUGAACAAAACCUUAGUGCACCUCCUAGUUAUGAGGAAGCUGUUGGAGCUUCACGUAGCCCAACACAUAGUGAAAGGGAUGUAGAAACUUCUUCAGCAUCUGCUCCCAAAUCUUCUUCUCCUCAUGCAAGUGCCAGUCCUAGCCCAGCUAAUAUGCCUUCUCCGGCAGCAGCUACUGCUCCACCUUCAGCUCCAGCAGCAGCUACUGCUCCACCACCAGCUCCAGCAGCAGCUACUGCUCCACCACCAGAAAACAAGGUUGUUGAGAGUUUUGAUGAAUUUGAUCCCCGUGCAUCUUUUUCAGCGGCCCCAGCUCCAUCAAAUGGUCCUGUGUCAACUACUUCUGCUGGCGAAAUGGAUUUACUUGGCGCCUUGUCUGAGCCGUUUUCCUCCAACUCAUUAGCCCUUGUACCUGCAGCUUCGAGUGCCUCUGAGGUUAAUCCUUCUGGGAGCACUGGCACUGAGACCAUGUUUGGGGAAGCAUCAUCAGGAUCUACCAUCUCUAACCAGAUGUUUGAGGAUCCUUUUGGUGAUGGUCCUUUCAAGGCUAUGACCUCGAAUAGCAUGCAAACUCAUCUGCAGAACUCUACAUCUUUCCAUCCUAAUUCAAAUCAAAGCCCUGAGCUUCCUCAAUCGGUCCCUCAGGGUGCUGAGCUCUCAAGGGCAACAUAUAGUCAGGUUACUCCAACUAAUAUGCAAUAUGCUCAGCAGGAGCUGUCCACCUCCAACCAGGAGAUCGAUAUAUUGGCUGACAUUCUCCCACCAUCUGGUCCUCCACCUCCUAGUGAUCAUGCAAUCCCAAGUGUCCAACCUGCCACACAGGCAGGAUUUGAAUCUCAUGGUGCGGCAACUACACAUCAUACAGGUUAUCUGGCACUUCCGGGCCCAGCUGCUCCUCCCACAAGUUUUGCAGCUCAACCUGGCCAACAGUCACCACAUACCAGUUUUCCAAGUCAAGGACAAACCAUGUCUCCAGUGGGCUUUUCUGGUCAAGUGAACAAUUCUCCGCCUUUUGGAGGUUUUCCUGCUCAACCCGGUCAAGCAUCACAGACUGGAUUUGGACCCCAAGGUGGUCAACCUGCAUCUCUUGCUGGUUUCCACUCUGCAACAGGUUUCUAUCCACAAUCUGGUUUCGGGGGUCCUGGUGGCUCCUCUAUGCAGAACAAUGCAAAUGCUGGAGGUUACAACACAGGAUUAGGAUCUACAGGUCCAUUUGGUCCCCAAAUGGGUCAUACAUCUGCUGGACAACCAUACCUUUCACAGCCAACUGCUGCAUCCCACAUGCCUUCACAAAUGCCUCUUCAAUAUUCACAAACUCAAACAAGUAAUGCCCUAGUGCUAACACAAACUACUCCAGCUUCAACAGCUCCCAUCAGCAGCACCCAACCAGCCAAAGACAAAUUCGAGACGAAGUCUACUGUUUGGGCAGAUACAUUGAGCCGUGGACUGGUCAAUUUGAACAUUUCUGGAUCUAAAACAAAUCCAUUAGCUGAUAUUGGGGUUGAUUUUGAUGCUAUUAAUCGCAAGGAGAAAAGGAUGGAGAAACCCAGUACAGCCCCCGUGAUAUCAACUAUUAACAUGGGCAAAGCAAUGGGUUCAGGUUCCGGAGUUGGUCGUGCUGGUGCUGGUGCACUAAGGCCUCCUCCAUCGCACCCAAUGGUAGGUUCAGGUAUGGGCAUGGGCAUGGGUAUGGGUGCUGGUGGCCCUGCAGGGGGACCUGGCAUGGGAGCAUAUGGAGGAGUAAACCAGCCUUAUGGCAUGGGGAUGAAUAGACCUAUGAACAUGGGCAUGGGAAUGAACAUGGGUCAAGGAGUUCAGAUGCAACAGCCUACCGGAUUUCCUCCUGGAGCUUCUAUGCCAGGAGGUUACAAUCCCCGGAUGGGCAUGGGUCCCUAUGGCCAACACCCAUAUGGAGGAGGAUACCAAUAAACUUUGGCCCAAUUCUGAAAGUAAGUAAUGUUUAAAGAUUUGCCUCAUUUGUGUCAUAGUAUCCAGAAUGUUUUCUGGUCUGUAAGCCUAUUAAACUCACCCUCUGUUGUAGAGUUGUUACUUUUUGGGUGCAUGUAGUUUUCAAGGAAAACAGUUAUAUAGGGAGUAUAUGUUGAUUCCUUCUUUUUGAGGGUUUUGCAUUUGCAUUACCAUUUAUCAGUCAUUUGGGGUCAAAAGAUUGCCUCUUAGACCCCUCAUAUUAUUUUGCUGUUGUGCUUUGUAUACACCCGAGGAUCACCUGUCUCCGGUGUUCCUCUUUUUGCCACUCGAUCCAUAUAUACACGUGUAGAUUUUUUUGGACUCGUGAUUAUUGAAAUUGUACACCGAAUUGCUUAACUCAUGAGUAUAAUGCUCUUCUUUGUA